CUUUUAUUAUCCCUUUUUCACCUUAACACUCUAGAUCUAUUUCUUUCUGGGUAAGGAUUAUUUUGAUGUGGCUGAAGAAGAUAUCGUUAUUGUGGCAUCAGGGUUUCUCAUCUUCAAUCCUGAACUGUUAAAAAGGUGUGUUUUUUACACUCACAGGAUAAAGAAUUUAGAUUAGUGUAUAUAUUUCCAGUGCAUUGAACAUAACUGUGUUGGCUGCCCAAAUAGUCGUUCUUUUCGAAUGACAUUGAAGGUCUAUCGUGCACUUUGUGACUGAAUGCCAAAAAAAUUAUGCUUCGGGCAGUAGUCAGUCUUGCUAUAUAACCUCCUCUUGGCCCAAAAUUUUGAGAAGAUGUCGGAUGUUAUGUGUCGUUUGUGGUUUUUUCCGAAAUGGUGAUCAAUGUGCAUUUGUAUCUACAAGUGGCAUCUUCUCGUGAGGUGUCAUUUCCUCGAGGUUUAGCUGUAUAAGAUUGGUUAUAAAAGUAUGCAGUUUGAUAAUAAUCCAGUACAUGAUAAUUCUAGGCUGAUAUAUAUUAAUAACCCUCAAAGAACCAAUGAAGAGUAUGACUUUACUGGAAACGAGAUCACCACUAGCAAAUAUACCAUCAUUAAUUUCUUACCCAAAAAUCUUUUCAUUCAAUUUCAUCGGGUGGCAUACUUGUAUUUUUUAGUUAUUGCCGCCCUUAAUCAGCUUCCACCUCUAGCAGUAUUUGGUAGAACUGUGUCUCUUUUCCCCCUGCUUUUUGUUCUCACUGUGACCGCCAUUAAAGAUGGUUAUGAGGAUUGGAGAAGACACCGAUCUGACAGGAAUGAGAAUAAUAAAGAGUCUUUAGUGCUUCAAGUUGGUAAAUUCCGGUUGAAAAGAUGGAGAGAUAUCAGGGUAGGUGAGGUGGUCAAAGUUUGUGCCGACGAGGCGAUUCCUUGUGAUAUUGUGCUUCUAAGGACGAGUGAUCCUAGUGGGGUUGCUUAUAUACAAACCAUGAAUUUAGAUGGUGAGUCAAACUUAAAGACACGGUAUGCUCGACAGGAAACAUCUUUAAUGGAAUUUGAAGGAGAUUUGAUAUCAGGGGUUAUCAGAUGUGAACCACCGAACAGAAAUAUAUAUGAAUUCACCGCUAAUAUGGAACUAAACUCACAGAAAAUCUCACUUAGCCAGUCAAAUAUUAUUUUACGUGGGUGUCAGGUAAAAAACACGGAAUGGGUGGUGGGUGUGGUGGUUUAUGGUGGUCAAGAGACAAAAGCGAUGUUAAAUAGUGCAAUUUCUCCAUCAAAAAGAAGCAGGUUAGAACAAGCAAUGAACAAAGAGACCAUUUGGUUAUCUGUUUUUCUUUUUGUAUUAUGUUUGGUUGUGGCCAUUGGGAUGUGUUUGUGGUUGAUGCGUCACCAAGAGCAAAUUGAUACAUUGCCUUAUUACAGAAAGAGUUAUUUAGUAAAUGGAAAGUUUCCAGGGAAACCAUAUAAGUAUUAUGGGAUUCCUAUGGAGACGUUUUUUGCGUUUUUGAGUUCGAUUAUCGUGUUUCAGAUUAUGAUACCGAUAUCUCUGUAUAUUACCAUGGAGUUAGUUAGAAUAGGACAAUCAUAUUUCAUGAUUGAAGAUAAACACAUGCAUGACAUCAGCACCAACACAAGGUUUCAGUGUAGAUCUUUGAAUAUAAAUGAAGAUUUAGGGCAAAUACGGUAUGUGUUUUCUGAUAAGACUGGUACACUUACUGAGAAUAAAAUGGAAUUUCGAAGAGCUUCUGUGUUUGGAAAGCAGUACUGUAAUUCUUCUAUGGUGGGUGGUGCCUCACAAGAUAGAGAGAUAUCAGAAACAAUGAACCCGGCCUCAUCGUCCACAAAAGGAAAGAAGCUAAAGUCUGAUGUUACCGUGGAUCCCCAGCUCAUGGAACUGCUUCAUAAAGACCUACAUGGAACUGAAAGGAUUUAUGCUCAUGAAUUCUUUCUUUCAUUGGCAGCAUGUAACACUGUGAUUCCCAUUCUUAAUCAAGUGUCUUACUUGGGUACUGAAAUUAAUCAAGAUCUCGACUCUAUCGAGUAUCAAGGAGAAUCUCCUGAUGAACAAAGUCUUGUAGCAGCCGCAUGUGCUUAUGGCUAUAUUCUCUUUGAGAGGACAUCUGGUCAUAUUGCACUUGACGUCAAUGGUGAGAAACUAAGGUUGGAUGUAUUAGGGCUGCAUGAGUUCGAUAGUGUGCGGAAAAGAAUGUCGGUUGUUAUCAGAUUCCCAAACAACGAUGUGAAGGUAUUAGUAAAAGGAGCAGAUACGUCAAUGCUCACCAUUUUGAGAAAAGAUCCUGAAAACGAUGAUGUCAGUGUCAUAACUCGACGCCAUUUGAUCGAAUAUUCAUCAGAAGGUCUACGCACACUUGUGCUUGCUGCUAAAGAUCUUACAUGUGAAGAGCUUGAGAAGUGGCAGUUGAUGUAUCAAGAUGCAACAACGUCAUUGGCUGACCGAUCCUUGAAGUUAAGGGAAACCGCCUCCUUUGUUGAAUCUAAUUUGCAUCUGCUUGGUGCAACGGGAAUUGAAGAUAAACUUCAAGUUGGUGUACCAGAAACUAUUGAGUGUCUACGUCAAGCAGGUAUUAAGGUUUGGGUUCUGACUGGAGAUAAGCAGGAGACCGCCAUUUCCAUUGGUCUUUCUUGCAAGCUAUUGACACCUGAUAUGCAUCAGAUUAUCAUAAAUGGAACUUCAGAAAGUGAAUGCAAAAUGCUUUUAUCUGAGGCAAAAGUUCAAAGACUAACAAUGGUGGGGCCAUUAGCACUGAUAAUCGAUGGAAAUAGUUUAGUUUACAUCUUGGAGAGAGAUCUGGAAUCUGAGCUGUUCGAUCUUGCAACGUCAUGUAGCGUUGUUUUGUGCUGUCGUGUUGCACCCUUACAAAAGGCGGGAGUUGUUGAUUUGAUAAAGAGUCGUAGUCAUGAUAUGACACUGGCAAUAGGCGAUGGUGCUAAUGAUGUUUCAAUGAUCCAAAUGGCGGAUGUUGGGGUUGGCAUAUGUGGGCAAGAAGGACGUCAAGCUGUCAUGGCUUCAGAUUUUGCUAUGGGGCAGUUCAGGUUCUUAAAAAGGCUACUUUUGGUGCACGGUCAUUGGAAUUAUCAACGUAUGGGUUAUUUGGUUCUCUACAACUUCUACCGCAAUGCUGUCUUUGUAUUUAUGCUUUUCUGGUACAUUUUAUGUGCGGCUUUUUCAACCGCAUCUGCUCUUACAGAUUGGAGUAGUGUAUUAUACUCAGUUAUUUAUACUUCAGCCCCUACAAUUGUUGUUGGAGUUCUGGACAAGGACCUAAGUCAUAAGACACUUCUCCAGUAUCCGAAGCUAUAUGAAGCUGGCCAUAGGCAAGAAAGUUACAACAGUGCUCUUUUUUGGAUCAUGAUGGCUGACACCAUAUGGCAAAGUCUCGUACUAUUUUAUGUACCUAGAUUUGUCUUUAAGGAAAGCACAAUCGACAUUUGGAGUAUGGGUAGCUUGUGGACUGUUGCUGUAGUGAUCCUUGUCAAUAUACAUUUGGCCAUGGAUGUUCAGCGAUGGGUACUAUAUACUCAUAUCUCUAUUUGGGGUUCUGUAGCAAUCACAUAUGCAUGUGUAGUGGUCUUGGAUUCCAUACCCAUCUUUCCUAAUUACGGGACAAUUUACGAGUUGGCAAAGCAACCUUCAUAUUGGCUCUCAAUAUGGCUUAUAAUAGUGGCAGCACUACUUCCUCGGUUUAUAAUCAAAAUUAUGCACAGAUUGUUUUGGGCAUCAGAUAUCCAGAUAGCAAGAGAGGCUGAGAUACUAAGAAAAAAACGUUUCUUUUAUGGGCCAAGGAGAUCCAGCUAGCAUGUAUACUGAUCACUUCAAUUAAUUCCAUUUUAUGGUUCAUCUGUAUGUGAUUCCCCCAUGGUUUACAUAUCUUGAGGAUAAUAAUGAACCUGAAUUUAUUUUGGCUAAUAGCUGGUGCUGGGCCACGGAAAUCACCGGAGACAUUUUAAGAACUUAAAAUUGUGGUACAUCUUCGGUUGGGUGUUCGGAAAGAGGUACAUUGUGGGACAUCAGUGUGGCAUUCGGGGAAAUAGAAAACAGUGGAGACCAGAUACAAUGAGGUAGGUAACAGCUAUGUAAGUAAUAUGUUUUUUAGGCUUACUCUUGUAACAGAUCAAAGGUGCAUAGUAAGUAAGUUGAAGCGUGUAAUUACCAAGGACACACCCUUUGUGGGGGACAUAAGAUUAUCAUUAAAGUGAAGCAUGUAUUGAAUGCUUGGGAUCCAAUAGUUACAUCUGACUACCAAAAA